GAUUAGCCCUUCAGAGCGUCGCAACCCUGCAUGCUAUAUAUCGCAACGUCUCUGCUCCAGCGCGAAAAAUUAGACGUGAUCCGUAGCAAUAUCGGCCACGGUCUUGCUCUACGAUCAGCGCUAUCAAUCGUCGCGCUCCUCCUGCAGUUUCUCUUCCCUUCGCUGCCAACAAACAGCUCUCUAGACCACCCAAGCCAAUAUAACGAUCCUAAAUUCAACGCUAACACCAAGGGCAUUAGCUUCUUUUAUCUUUUUGACUGGCUCUCCCAAACCUUAUACCUUUAUUGGUUUGUCGUAGCUUACUCCCGCUUCAUCACCCUCUGGGCCGGCCAUGUCGUCGAGGGGACCUUGAUCUGCGGACAAACAGAGUGGGCGACCACGCAGCGCCAAAAAUACGGGCGACAACACUUUACUGGCAGCCAGAAGAUCUUCUGGACGUACCGAAACACUCAGCCAAGUCUUACAAAAUGUCCGACAAGAUUAGCUUAUUACCUCUGGAACUCAUCCUUCACAUACUCUCCUACCUUCCCUUCGAGUCCUUGCUUGCCUUCGGCGAAACAUCUCGCACCAACUAUGAGUCCCAUACCCUCUGUCUUGAAUGUCUACGAUUAGGAGUUUUUGAGAAGCGCAUCCACUCUGUGAUAUCCUUACUCCAGGCUGGCUGGACCACCCCGGAUCAAAUGGCACAGAUUUCCAGUCACAAUAAACAAGCGAACGACUACACAAUAUCCAUCAUCCAACCUGCUAUGAGCCGGCUUGCAAGCGACCUGGACAGCAAGCCUCUGCUAAAAAUCAAAAGCUUGAAAAGACGGUGCCCAGCACUACUCGAAAAAUCCCGGACAUUGGAGCAGAUGACUCGGGAGCAGAACAGGGUUUUUGCCCAAGUGGUGAAUCGGUAUGGUCGAGGCCUCAGGAAACUGGAGUUCAUGGCGUAUGAUCUUGACAGCGAGGGUGCCAUGGCUCUAGCUUCUAAAUGCCAGAAUAUAUUGCAUCAUCUAGCAUUGCGCUUCGAGCAUCCACAUAUUCGGGAUGGCCCCAUCAGACCCAGCACUUGGAUGAAUCCUGCCCCAGGAAGUACGGCAUGGAACAUGUUCCUCGGUAUAGGACGGUACCCGCAAUUCGGCCUUUGCGGGCUACAGACUUUGAUCCUGGAGCGGGCGGGCAUCACUCCGUGGCAGUUGACCAUGCUUGUGAAGAAGAACCCCAAGCUGACUGUUCUCAAACUGAGAACAUGUCGCGGUGCGCAGCCCGAGUUUUUAAACUGGCUAGGUGGAGUGUACUACGAGCCAGAAGAGCUGGGGAGAGAUGAGGACAGUCUAGCUCCUGGUCGGAAUUUGAAAGUGCUGUGGUUGGAAAAUUGCCACCAGGUGCUUGCCCAUCCCAUCGAAAACUAUGAACACCUGCCCGACGAAAUCUGCGACUAUGGUCUUGGAUGGGUUAGAGGUCUGACUAGCUUGCGUUCUCUAUCUUUCAGCGAGAGCGCGAAUAUCCCGCCCGAAUACAUUGACAGAGCUAAUAGUGUGCUUUGGAAAAUACCAGAAGUCAUCUUGCCUUAUUCGGGCCAUGGGGACAAGGCCCCCAUCGAAGUUGAUCCUGGAUUGUUGUAGUCCACACCGGUUGGCUUAUUUUUCUUUUUUUCUUGGAGGGUUGGGGCAUCUUGGUGUUGCUUCUUGCAGGUGACUGGAGAGGGAUUCUCGUUUACUGUGUUUUUGAAGAUAGACCAUUAUGUGCAAACACCUGCAUGUCUGUGCUGAUGCUACAAGAUAAUGUAAAUCAAAUACAUGACAGCACAUGAUAUAUAUGAUAAGGCAAAGCUAGU